AUGUCAAAUAAAAAAGUUUGUUUUUGGACUGAUAAUUUGAGUGUUGUAUUUGCAAUUAACAACUUGACGUCUUCUUCUUUGCCUGUUUUAGCUAUGUUGCGCCACCUGGUCCUGCUUUGCUUGACGCACAAUAUCUGGUUUCGAGCCAAGCAUGUACCGGGGGUUUCCAAUUCAGCAGCUGAUGCUCUCUCUCGUUCACAGUGGCAGAAAUUCCGGGAUUUAGUCCCAGAGGCAGAGUCCCGCGGACAGGAAUGCCCAACUACCUUAUGGGAGAUAGUGGAGCGCAGCUUAUGAACAUGGUCCGAACUUCGGUGGCCCCAGCCACUUGGGCGGCGCAUGGGCAUCUGCAUGCGACGGUUUGGAUGGUUGGCCAUUCCUAUAUUCGGCGGGCUGAACAGAGAGCGGCAUGUCGUCCAGGAGGAGACACUUUGGGUUUUACAGGGGUACAUUUUCAAUGGCGUGGCAUGGGAGGUUUGCGGUGGUUGCAGGUCUUACCAGAAGUAGUGGCCAUCAGCAGGGUUACACCGCCCCCGGUCAUAUUGGUCAUUCACGCAGGCGGCAACGAUCUAGGCAGUGUACAGGUAGCGGUGCUGUUGUCCCUCAUCAGGUCUGAUAUGGGCAGGUUUAAAGCGUUUUUCUCGGAUAUGGUGUUAGUUUGGUCGGAAAUCGUUCCCCGGCUCUGCUGGAGGGGGGCGAGAGACCCGGGUGCCAUUGAGAGAGCCAGGCGCCUUCUUAAUUCCCGGAUUUCCCGUUUUGUUCGUGACAGGGGGGGUAUUGUAGUUCGUCAUAGACUGUUGGAAGGUAUGGAUCAGGGCCUCAUGUUGCGAGAUGGCGUCCACUUGAAUGAUAUCGGCCUUGAUAUUUUUCUUUCCGGUUUACGGGAUGGUAUUGGAGCCGCUCUUCUGCGUUUGGGUGGGGGUCGGAGUCCCGUGUAGGUGUACAGGUACUCCUCCGUGGCGGGGUAAAAGUGUCCUUGCCAUUGGUUAUCCAGACGGUAUUUGGAAUGACCUACAUGCCCACCGCGGCUGCGGUGGCUGGCAUUUGGAAAUUAAUGGUUGGUAAAUUAAUGGCAA